AUGGUCGAUUCUGUUGACUGCCACUUCGCUGUCGCGGAGAAGUGCGCCGCUUUUCCGGCGGACGUGAGGGACGUUCGGUACUCUGGCGGGGAAGACACGGUGCUCUCCAGUAUUGCAAAAGAAACGACAAGCAGCACGCUUGUGUUAGCGAUAUUGGAUCCAAAGGAAAACGGAAAGGCCCUGAUGAAAACACUAUUUAUGCACUUUGCUGAGGGCUUUCCCACCCCAAGAGGAGCAUACACACAGUUCAACGCGUCGUUUAUAGACGAAUCUGCAGGGGAUUUGCUACACUAUCGAUGUGAUCGCCUAAGCGACAUCGAUGCUGUCAUCGAAGAGGAAGAUGGACGGAACCGCUGUGGCUCGUUGCAAGCAUCUGUGGUUCAACCCAGUAGAAGUACCUUUGUUUUUUCUGAUAUCCGCCUAACUUUGCUAAUAUGGGACGAAGAAGACUGCGGGAGUGACUUGGCCCGUGUAGCUGAGCGUGUGGCGACAGUGCUGGGGACCAGGCUUGCGUCCAUCUUUGUGUACUUCGCAACUAGGGACGCAUCUGUUGUGGAGCGGUGUCUGGGCAUGGCCCAAGACCUUCGAAAGGUCUGUCACACCAGAGUCUUCGGAGAGGAUGAACCAGUGAGCUCACAGGUUCGUUUACAGGAUGUAAGAGCGUGGUCCGUGUUUCUGAACGAGUUUUACCACUUGGCCCCGCAAUCAGAGGGCCCAUACUUCAUUAACCUCAACCCUCGGCUUGCGGCGGGAGAGAAGUUAGCACACGCUAUUUCCCCAGGUGUCAGCUAUAUUGUUGCUGAAGAAUGUAAUGCGAGCCACGUCGAUGUCGUGGUCUUUCCCCUGUGCGGUACGAAGGAGGAGACGGGUCAUCGCAGUGUAUACUCCCCACACUGCCGCAUUAGCUAUAAGAAUGACAUGGUUUACCUUCGCCCAGAGUGCGGUAUAACGUAUGUUAACGGCGAAUUGCUUUCAGCGGAAACCGCGCUGCACCCCAAUGACCGUGUUGUCUUGAGCAAAGAGGUGGUGCUGCGUUUUGUCAUGGUGACAGAAAAUCCGCCUACGACGUCGUCUUCUCGCAUAUUGGAUUGGGAAAUGUGCUGUAAAGAGUUUGAGCGUAUGACUUCAAGUGAUAUUCGAGAUGCCGAGCGCGCUCAGCUUGAAAGAGAGGUAGCCGAACUGAAGGAGGAGUACGAAGCACUUCAACAACAACUUCAACUAGAGCGUGUAGCCGACGAUAAGGCAUGGUUGAUCCUCAAUAAUCCGCCUAGUGGCUAUUCAGAAUCAUUUGUGUGGCACCUGGGCUGGAUGAAGACAGGGGACUCGAUAGCACUCGGACCAAAGGGGGAUAUUGCACUUCCAUUCCUUAGCAGCCCCGCAGUUAUUACCCGCACGACUCUUGGUUUCACAUACACGUGCGAAUCGGUGACACUGAAGCUGGCCCACUCUCACCACUUUCUGAAUGGCGACAGCAUAUUCUCUAUCUGCCUGCAGCCUGUUACCUCCUCUGAGAGGAGUAUCCCCAAGAAGAUGGUGACCGCAUUGAACGAGUUGGAGCCAUUCUCCGAAAACGAUCUUCGAGACUUCCGGAACAGUCUCUUCGAGCUCCAGUGGUCAAUUGCUUUGUUGUUUGAGUUUACUUUUCCACUUGAAAAAUCGCGCCCGGAAAACUCUACGGAGGACCUGCACCACACGAGGAGGGCGCAAAUUUGCACGGACGCCAUCUUGACCGAGAAAAACCUCAAAUUGCAGAGUGUGGCACGCAUCGCGAGGAAAAUGACGGAGGCGAUACGAAUGGUAAACUCCCAAUGGGCAGAUGAGAUCGGCAGUGGGACGUCACCGACAAGGCGCGACGACGUUGAAAAGAAUGGCGAGGAGGGCGCUCUAGAGGAACUCUUGAUUAGAAUCAAGGAUGAGACGGAGCUUUCGCAUGACUUGCUCUGCAAAGUGCAUCAAUCAAUAGGUAAGGCGUUAAUGGGAGCGGAUGCACCAAGGGAGGGGCGAAGCCGGCUACAGAGUGUUCCCCCGUUGAAAACGAGAUCCUUGGAUGAUCGCACCAACACUGGUGUGAGAGCGUGUGUUCUGAAAAUCAAGGCUAAAUGCUUUAUCGCUUCUCCGCCUGUGGUACGACGAAUGAGCGCCACAGUAGACGUUGUCUCCGCCAGUCUUGAUCCCAAAAUACUGUGGGAGCGAUAUUUGAAGAUUCUAACCACAAUGGUGAAACCACAUUCGGACGUUUCCAAUGCACCUGCCUCGAAGAAGCAGAAUCUGGCACUUGCCCUCCUGGAUGUGCUGGUUGUCUUGGACUAUAAUGUAAGAAAUGGGUAUAUUUCCCCUGAGGAUGAAGAGAACCUUGAAGUCCACUUAGCGUCGUGGAUGGCCAUCGCAGACACCUUCCCGGAGGUUUUUAAAAAGGCAGCGCCACAGAAACGUGGGACUUUUAGAAGUCGCGAUGCUGCUCUUCAACGGAAGCCUACACCGAGCAUGCGGCAUACCUCCCCUGCUUCUCGCUCAACUGCGAGAAAACCACUUUCCCGUCCUGGUACCCCACGUAGUACCACUGGGGUACCUAGUUUGAGCCCUAAGCUGAAGCAACCAACUUCUGCGCAUGGAAUAGAACCGGUCAGGCGGGUAACNUCUACUGUGAAGUCACCUCGUGGGCUGAGGAGCUUAACACCCACCGGAGUAUCCACUCGAACUGUCUACAAACCUUCCAGUGCGAGAAGCACUCCCGCAUCUCCGAGGCCUGGCGGAAAAAGUGGCGGCGGUGGUGGUGGAGGAACACCUAGACCUAACACAUCCACGAUCAUACACCGCACGCUGGGAGGUUCAGCAGUCACUGGAGCGGCAAGGACCACACUGCGACCUGGGUCCCGUGCCUUUUCUCCCAAAUCUCCCCUCUUACGCGGAGUGGGCGAUAGUGGGGUGUCCCUGAAAAAGAAAAAAACACUCUCUGAGGCUGUAUGA